CGCAGAUAUUGUAAAAACUCGUAGAAAUCUACCGGCCGCUUGGACGUCAGUCAACCCACUCCCUCCUUCCCUACCCUCAACACCACCACCGCUCGAAAUUUCAGGAUGAAGCUCCUAACAACAAACUUCCUAACCUGCGCCGUCAAAUCCUGCAAGUCCUCCCCCGCCAGCUUCCCACUGCACUUCAAGGACGCCACCCUCGAGCGCACCGAGAUCGACUACAACCCGCUCUUUCUCCGCAACAUCCUGCCGCGCGUGAACUGGGACGCCCUGACCACGACGGCGACAGAACUCGGCCUGCAAGCGCUCGUGCCUGCCACCAAUCCUGUCGACACCAUAAUCACAAGCAGUGAUGCGCCGACGGACAACGAAAACGUACACGACCAGAAAGAUGAAGAAGAGCACAACGAAGGGCAAAACGGAGAGCAACUUGAAGAAGUCUUGAAAAAGCUACACAACCUCCUCCUCGAAACUGGUGUUGUCGAGGGGAAACUCGUCUGCGCAAAUUGCGGGUUCGAAUACCCUAUCAAGGAGGGCGUGGGGAAUUUCUUGUUGCCGGCGCAUUUGGUGUGAUGAUUUCCCGCGCGCAAGGCAUGGCCACUGGAGAAGAAAGACCAUACAGGGAAAAAUGAAACACACAACAACAAAGGAAGUGAUGUUGCUGGCGGAGGCCCAGUGUACAGAGAGAGAGAGAAACAGUCCGAAGUCACCCUCCUCAUGUGUUUAACUCGUGAAUACUGCACAUGUCCGAGUUGCAUCGUCCAACGAAUAUUAAGAACUCGGCUGGGACGAGCCACAAGGCUACGGGUAAGGAGUGACAAGGAGCCCUCGCACGACAGGCAGCGGCGACGACCACUGGCGAGGGCGAAGCCGCAGGGCCUUGGAGAGCGAUGGCCGGCCGUCCGAGCAGGUUCAAUAUACCAAAGGCAACUGAACUUGACCCGGCAAAGGGAAGAACCAAGAGUUCACAUGUCAUUACCAACUUACCAACGAUGUCCUCACAUGCGAGUACCAGAACAGCAGUAUCCGGUUCCAUUCCUGGCAAAAGCAGGAUAUUAACACUAUGUACGCAACCAUCCCUUCGCGACAGGCAAGGUCAGCCAGCCCACACUGCCUGGGAAUGGUCCAUUAUACAAA